AUGGCAAUGAUGAUAGAGAAUGAAGUGAGUUUGAAAAAGAGUCAAAGGUACAUGGAAGAAAAAGAGGUUAAAGGAGCACGUUGUGUUAAGAGACAAAGAAGAGAACAUGUUAUUGCACCAAAAACAGGAGAUGAUAACCAUAAACAAAAGUUUCAUGCUGGUGUAACUGACAAUUCCACAGCUAACACUACCAAGAGAAGCUCAAAAUUUCGCGGUGUUAGCAGGCAUAGAUGGACGGGUCGAUAUGAAGCUCACUUGUGGGACAAGCUAUCUUGGAACAUAACACAAAAGAAGAAAGGGAAACAAGGGGCUUAUGAUGAAGAAGAAUCUGCUGCAAGAGCUUAUGAUUUAGCUGCACUUAAAUAUUGGGGGACAUCAACUUUCACCAAUUUUCAGGUAUCAGAUUAUGAGAAAGAGAUAGAAAUAAUGAAUACUAUGACCAAAGAGGAGUAUUUGGCCACACUAAGAAGAAAGAGCAGUGGAUUUUCAAGAGGUGUUUCAAAGUAUAGAGGUGUAGCAAGGCAUCAUCACAAUGGUAGAUGGGAAGCAAGAAUAGGAAGAGUUUUUGGAAACAAAUAUCUCUAUCUUGGAACCUAUAGUACACAAGAGGAAGCGGCUCGAGCUUACGACAUAGCAGCGAUUGAGUAUAGAGGAAUUCAUGCUGUAACAAACUUUGAAUUAAGCAGUUACAUAAAAUGGUUAAAGCCAGAAAGCACCACAGAACCAAACCAUGAGUCACAAACACUAGAAAAAGAGUCUCAAACAAUAGCGUCGCCGAAUAACUCGACUCUAUUACAAGAGUCGAAGUUAUUAGCCCUCCAAAAGAGCUUCUUCAUUCCAGAUUAUAAUCUGAAUUCCACAGAAAAGCAAGAAUCAUCAAAUGAAAACAAAAACUACAGUUUCUUGAGCAACAAGUCAACUUCUCCAACCGCGCUUAGUCUUCUCCUUCGAUCUUCGUUGUUUAAGGAGUUACUUGAAAAGAAUUCAAAUGUAUCCGAGGAUGAAGUCGCGAAAGAGCAACAGACAGUUAGUGAUGAUGAACUUGGAGAAAUCUUCUAUGAUGGUAUUGGCAAUAUCUCAUUUGACUUUGAUCCCAAUAGAUGCAACAUAGAAUUGCAAGAAAGAGACUUACAUUCAAUAUUUUUUACAUAG